GUAGAUCGAAGCAUGCGGAUUUUAAGGUUGCCCGCAAAGCCAUCGCCCAUAUUUCAUUAUCCGCAAUUUUUGAGGUCAUUGAAUGUUUAAAUAAUGAAAAUGAACCAAGUUAUGCGAACAUCCUACCGGCGAUGGAAACAUCCAUAGAAAUGACUGAAGAUUGUUGUCAUUACUUCGUCCGUGAACUUUUCAAACUUAUCAUGACGCACGUUACUCAUCUCACCCAUAUAACCAUCAAUUCUUUUCCCGAGGAUCUUGGUAUAUCCGAUGCUUCGUCUUAUAUUCUCUUUGAAAUUUCCACACAUUGUACCAAAAUAACAUCUUUAUCACUCCGGUCUCGUCAUUUUCUGGGUUCUUCAUAUGACUUAUCGCAAUUAAUCAAACGUCAACGAUCUCUUCGUCACCUUCAUUUGGAACAAAUUACUGUGACUUCCAAGUUAAUUGACUCUUUACGAUUUCACACGACCACCCUCGAGAGUCUGACAUUGAUGGAUGUGAUAAUAGUCAAUAGCAGAGCUUUGUGGAAUUUGUCCUCAUGUUCACGUCUAAAAACCCUAAUAAUUAAUUUUUUGGGUUUUUAUCCAUGCACAUAUGAUGGUCUGAAACCUUUGUGGAGUUUUCACUUCCCAGAAAUAUGCAAAUUCAAAUUAAUCGGAAGACUAUAUGAGCACGGGGAAGAAUCAUUGGCGGACAACAUGUGUUCCUUUCUACAAAUCAAUGGAAAGUCACUGAACACACUGAGCUUGGAUAUAAAUCCGAGUGUCUAUUGUAAGGUACUCCAAAAAGUGGGUGAAAAGUGUAUCCAACUAAAAAAGUUAACGAUACGUGAUUAUCAACAACAUGACAGUUCACUGGAAAAGAUGUUGAAAGACACGAGCAUGGAAUUAAAAUGGUUGAAAGUGGAACAGCAAUGUUAUGAUUAUUACAAGUUGAUAGACAAUCGACUGUUGGAUGCACAUGAAUUUCCUCCACUCAAGGAAUUGAGGGGGACGAAGUGGCUAAGACAAUUGGAUUUCCACAUGUGUUUAGAUCCAGAUUCUGUGGAACGACUCUUUGAUGAUUGGGAGGCGCCAUUAGAACGUAUCGGUUACUUGUAUAAAUAUGAUCAUGAGGAGGAUAGACAUCAUGAGGUGUUGAGAAAAUUUGCGCAUAAGUUGGAUGAAGGAUUACAAAGGCGCCAAGAGAGACGACAACUGCAUAAAAUUGAUUUGGUCGAUUCGUUGUGUGUGUGGAAUGAAAUAAUGGUCAGGAAAAUAGAAAUGUAUAUUGAAUAUGUUGAUGACUAG